AUGGUCCGAGCGCAGAUGGUCCGAGCGCAGAUGGUCCGAGCGCAGAUGGUCCGAGCGCAGAUGGUCCGAGCGCAGAUGGUCCGAGCGCAGAUGGUCCGAGCGCAGAUGGUCCGAGCGCAGAUGGUCGAGCGCAACAAACGCAGAUGGUCCGAACGCAGAUGGUCCGAACGCAGAUGGUCCGAACGCAGAUGGUCCGAACGCAGAUGGUCCGAGCACAGAUGGUCCGAGCGCAGAUGGUCCGAGCGCAGCACAGAUAGUCCGAGUGCAGAUGGUCCGAGCGCAGCACAGAUAGUCCGAGUGCAGAUGGUCCGAGCUGCUUCCUCAGUUUGA